AAAUCUUUCAGUGCGUUAAGUAUUUUCUGGACAACUUUUCUUUCUGGUCACAAUUUUCUUUGAUUAUUCAGAGAUAAUUGGAGAACAAAGACCCUCAUUCAGAUUUUGUGCCUUUUUGACUUGCUCUUGUGACGCCAAGCUCGUCAGCGUAUCUUGUCUCCGUGUCUUCACAUCGAUUUUUACCCCUCCACAGAUAACCUCCAAACAACGUCAACAACAGCCCCGCAGUCACCUUCCUGAUGGCCUCCAGGACAAAUACGGGCUUCAAUGCCCUACUCGUUUUAUGUCUAGUGCUAGUCUUACUCCCCUCUCAGGUCCAUGCAUUUGGCGCUGGAAAUAUUGCUUCUAUCUCGGCCGUUGAGGGAAAGAACUGGCGUCAUGGCGAUAUCGAAGAUAUGCUCAAGACAAUUGCCUUUAUUAAAGGUCACAAAUGGACUUCCACCAUGAUUAAGCGCGUCUACUUUGGAAACUGGUUGCGUGAUUACUCUCAGGCCAUGGAUGUCGGUACCCUCAAGAGUCUCCAGGCUGAUACUAUCCGAAUCCUUGUUUGGAUCCUUUCUUUCAUGACUUUUGGUUACGCGACGGCGGAGUUCGAGGUCACCGCCGAUAGACUCGGAACUUAUCGUCCAGAAGAGCAUAUUGACAACCCCAAGGACUAUGCAGAUAACCAAGAUGCACGCCAGUUUGAUUCUCGACUGCGCGGCCCUGUUCGACAGAUUGAGCUCGACAUCGAUGCCGAGACCGGUAUGAAAAACUAUAUCGCCAACGAAAGGGGCGACUGGGCCACAAGCGCUGGAUAUAUCAAAUAUAGCUUGGCUCGUAGUAUCCACUACGGACGGCUUUAUACAAGCGGGCAUAAGAAGGGAAAUGAAGAGGACCUUUGUGAAGCUUUGCGAUGCCUUGGCCAAGGACUUCAUACUCUCGAGGAUUUUGCGGCACACACGAACUACUGCGAACUUGCACUGCGUGAAAUGGGCUUUCGCAAUGUAUUUCCACACACCGGCACGCGAACUGAGAUGAACAUCCGUGGUCACCGCGUCUUCCCGCUCGUGACAGGAACAUUCGGUAUGGUCGAUUUCUUCCAUUCUGUGCUCGGAGAAGCUACCGAUCAUUUCACCCAGUCGGAGGUCAACGAAAUGGAUAUCGCUCUAGGCGAUGCGCAGACGAAUACAUCCUCUGGCUCUGCUAGUGCGUUGACGAGUCUUCUCGGCAAGAUCCCGGGAACAAAGGAUCUUGUUACUGAAGCCGAGGAGCUCAAGCGUCGCUCAGAUGCACAAGAAUCCGCAAACAGACGGGGUGGUGGUGGUGGUGGCGGUCACCAUACAAGCUAUUCAGGUCGUGAGACUACACGUUCCUUUGACGACUUUGACUCGGGCAGCAGCCGAGGUUUUGGGGAUGAUCAGUACGGCUCUUCUAGAGCCGAUUCCAACAAGCCUUCCUCAGAGGGUCAGUCUGGCUUGCCAGGACUGCCUGAUUUUGAUGCAAACAAGACCAUCUCUCAGAUCUACCCUAUUCUGCAGUUCCGUGACAAUGUUGUCAGGAAGCUGUCGUCGAUCAUUGAGAAGAUCCCCGGUCUUGAAUCACUGGUCGAGACGAUUACUGAAACCUUAACCGUCUUUGUCAUGUCUCUGCUGGCGCCGUUCAUUCGUCCGAUCAUCAACGCCGCCUCUAAGUCACUCCAGUCUGGCUCCUCCAGUGUUAUCGAUGCCUCCGGAAAGCAUCAAUAUGAGCCAUGGACCGACCCUUCCUGUACCGACCCCACACACUCGUUGCUCUCAAAGGAUCACUUCUCCAACAUUCUCAAUGAGCCCGCCGGUCAAGUCGCUUCUGCUAUACUCAAAUAUGUGGCACCUCGCGUCCUGUACGCUUGGGAGAACACCAACAUCCCUGAGCAGCAGGUAUUGGACGAUUGCCUCAAAGUGUUCCAUCAUCCUGCUCUGCGGGAUAUGCGCAAUGAAGCACACCGAACUAUGUAUGAAGCAGUCCAAUCUUGGGUAAACUCCAGGUCGGAUCGCGGGUCCAAACUUAAUGAUAUCCUUAGCGCUGAGGGUGUGAAGGAGGGAAAGAACCAAACGGGAGAUGGCGGGCACUCCCACGGCCACGGUCAUAGCCACGGCCAUGCGCCUCAACAAUCACAGUACCGCCCACCCCAACAGAGCCAGCAACAACAAAGCUCGUCCAGCCCCCUUGACCAACUUUCCAGUCUUCCUAUUCCAGGCAUUUCCAACUUGGGCAAGCUUAGCAGCACUUUCUCCAACCUUGGAUUAGGCGGCUCCUCGAGAAGUAAUGAGCAUUCUCCUCAGCACACCCCGCCCCCACCUGAGCCCCAGCAUCAACACUACCAGUCUCAUAGUCAACCUCAUCAACAUCAGCACCAACAUCAACGUCUUGAAUCUCAACACCAAAACUACCAGUUGCAUUCCGGAGGCGACUACAGCAGCCACCAGAGUAGUCACCACGGUCAAGGUGGACACAGCGCAGACUACUACAGCCAGUCGUCCUCCAGUCAUGGAUAUGGUGGUCGCUCUGAAUCCCAAGAAUACAGCCAACGUCCCCACCACAGCAGCCAUCACAAUCAGGGCUAUGGACAAGGUCACAGCUCAGGGUAUGGUCAUGGCUCUGGACAAGGCUACGGACAAGGAUACGGUGGUGGGUAUGGAUCGGGUGGAUCCAAUUGGUAAUUUCAUAUGGUGACAAAACUUUUGCUUCUUUUUUAGCAUUAGAUUUUGGGGGUGUGUUGUAGGCAUAGGUGGUUUGCUGUUUGAAGCAAGGAAGCAUGUGGUCAGCUUUAUAAGAAUCUGAAUAUGAAGUCGAAAUGGUCUCAAAUUCUAACUUCCAAGCAUGCAUACAUUGGCUUUCUCUAGCUGUAUUUAUUUUAUUCUAUGAUUGAAC